AUGCGGCGACCUUCUCCCCCCUUCUCCCCCCCGCAUAUCCUCUGGCAGUUCGCAAUCCUUUGGCUCCCUGGAGACUUGGCAGCUAAUUUGCCAACCGGAUCUCCGAAAUUCUGGUAUGGGAAUGACUUGACCUGGUCUGUCAUUGCACGUGUCAAUGGCCAGGCAUACAGCCUGUUUGGCGUCUCCAAUACGCUUGACGGACUGCAAGAAGCUACCGUGACUGCGGCCAACUUUACUUCGACGCACAGCAUCUUCACCCUGGAAGCCGGGUCAAAGACGUUCACGCUGGACUUUUUGUCUCCCGUGUCGCCUCAGAACCUGCUGCGCCAGUCUCUGCCAUUCUCCUAUCUCACUGUUUCUGUGAGCGGAGGAUCCAGUGAAUCGGUGCAGAUCUACUCGGAUAUAGAUUCUUCCUGGACGGGCAAACCGAACAAUGCGGAAUGGCGGUUCUCAACUAACGGCUCGACAUCUAUUUACCAUGUCAGCCCGGCAGAUGCUAUCCCCUUCACCCAAAAUACUGAGAACCAGGCGCUUUGGGGCCAGGUUCUUUAUGCCAGUCGUCCGUCAAGCCAGAGCACCCUGUCGUCUGCUUCUGGAGCAUUGUCAACCAUUCGUUCCCAGUUCGUCCAAGAUGGUGCCCUGGAUGGCAACAAUGCAGACUGGGCCUCAAACGGUGUUGUGGGCUUGGCUCACGACCUAGGUGACGUUUCUGGAACGGCUUCUGUCACCUUUGCCAUAGGCCAUGUUCAUGAAGAAGCCAUCGAUUAUCUGGGCGAUACGCAGACGGGAUAUUACCGGACUCAGUACCCAAGCGCCGUGUCUGCUAUCUCGCACUUUCUAGAUGACUAUACGGAUGCUGCAAGCGAAGCAACGACAGUGGACAAUUUCAUCCAGCAAAAAGGAGAGUCGGCCCACAGCUCCAACUAUUCCGACAUUCUUGCAUUGUCCCUGCGACAGACGUACGGCGGAAUUGAACUUACCGUGCCAAAUGACUCGUUGGAUGCGAAUGAAGCCCGUGCGUUCAUCAAGGAAAUCUCUAGUAACGGUAACAUCAAUACGGUGGAUGUCAUCUAUGCGACGUUCCCUGUGCUCUACAUCCUCAGUCCUGAUAUCCUCAGACUCCUCAUUGAGCCGAUUUUCGAUUACAUGGAGAGUGAUGCCUACAGCGAGACGUUUGCCGUUCACGACCUUGGAACACAUUAUCCCAAUGCAACGGGACAUAACCCAGACGGCGAAGAUAUGCCAGUCGAAGAAAGCGGCAACAUUAUCAUUCUCACCUACGCCUACCAGCUGGCAACUGGCAACACUGACCUCACGAGUACCUAUUCCUCGCUCUUGGAGCAGUACGCCCAGUACCUGCAAAAAGACGGCAAAUACCCUUCAAACCAGCUAUCUCUCAACGACGCCUUGGGUCCCAUUGCCAAUCAGACAAAUCUGGCCAUGAAAGCUGCCGUAGGACUGGGUGUCUAUGGCAAGAUCACCAACCAGGGCGACUACACCACUCAAGGAAAGUCCAUCGCCCAUGCUCUCUACGAAGAGCGUCUGGGUACGGACGCAGAUGGUACCUACUUCACCAUCCAGUACGGAAACGACACUUGGUUCCUGGUGUACAACCAUUACGGCGACCUCCUCUUCGAUCUGGACCUCUUCUCCGACGAGGCUUACAACGCCACGACCAAGUUCUAUCCCACAGUCCGCAAGGCUGCAGGUGUCGCGCUAGAGGGUGGUAUCGACUGGGGCCAGACAAACUGGCAGGGCUUCGUCGCUGCGACUGUUGACGGAACGACGCGAGACUUGUUCAUAUCGGACUUGCAUGCGUAUAUUGCCAAUGGGCAGAACCGUGCUCCCUUCUCGGAUCGGUACUGGGUCGCAGAUAGUGGUGAUGAUGCUGCUGGAGAUUACUUUCGGUUCCGGGCACGACCGACAUUGGGAAGUCAUUUUGCUCUAUUGGCUUUGCAGGGUGGGGAUCAGUGGUCUUCGUAUAGUUCAUAG